AUGGACAGAGGGAUAAGAAACGAAGAUGCAGCUUUAGAUCUCACUAAAUUUUUUUCUCUGUUAGGCAUUGAUAAGGAGGAUAUAACAAAAAUUAAGGACGAGAUUCAAAAUGUGCAAUGUUCGGAAAAUGUUGCACAGGAAUUGUGUCGUAUCCUGAAAAUUUGCGAUUCAAAUAAAAGCUAUUCGCAUUGUCUUCUUUAUCUGCCAACUGUGUUGAAAUGUCAUGAACUCGGCAAGGCGGAGAUCUCUAAGCUCGUUAACGUUUUUCCUGUGUUUUUACUGCAUCGGCUUUUAGAUAUUUCUUCCAGUGCGGAAUUUGAUGAGGGUUUCGAAUUAGUUAUCAGUGUGCUGUCUGUGCUUUUAUCUAAUGGUUCUGAAACCGAUAUUUCCAACUUUACUGACAUUAUUCAACCGUUGUAUUAUGCGAUUGUCUCGAAGAAAAUUUGGAAUUCAGUGAGUCUUGAAAAUGCUUGUUUAGCAUUUAUCGCAUUAAUCGGUGAGAAUUCUACUUCAAAGCAGUUAAUAAAUUUGUUGAAUUUGAUUGCGAAUGAAUUGAAAAUGAAUAGUGAUCAGCUGCCAUCAGUAAAUAUUCUUGGAUGUAUCGUGAAUAUAAUUGAAAAACUUAUGAAUAGCUCUGAUUUUAUAUCGUGUAAAAAUAUUUCGAAGGGAUCUUGGUCUGCAGAUCUUCGCAUAGUCAUAAGACGGCUUCUUCAAACACCUCAUAUAAAUUUUGAUUAUCACUUGAAAUCUUUUCUAAUUGUUUCAUUAAUUGUUUAUAUCGUCGAUAUUGAGUGGUUUGAAGAUGAUCCAGAUUUUAUGCUUCUUCUGGCAUCACUUGCAUUAGUCCAGUUUCAUUCACUUCUUACUGAUCCCAAAUACGCAAAUAAUUUGGAAAACUUGACAGCUUGUGUGAGGCUGAUGGAAUCAUUUUUUGAAUUUGGUGAAUCUACAACAGUUCUGAACGAUGACCAAGCGACUAUUUUAAGUUUGCAAUGUCAUAAAUCGUUGAUAUUUAUUUGUGAUUAUUUAAUACAGAGCUACAAAUCGCCGACAGAAAUAUAUUUGGAUUUAGAAUCUCAGAUGAUAUUAACUGAAUUAUUAUGCUGUUUUUUAUCAUAUGGUGGUUUAGAAGCGCUCUCCAAAAAGCAACAUAAUGACUUAAUAUCAUAUCUGUUCGAAAUCGCUAGGAAAGCUAUGCUUAAUAAAAGGUUCAAUUUAUUUGGAAAAAUUUUGCUGAACUUGCCUCGAUUCCAGAAAUUACCCAAAUCUUGCUUGGGUAUAAUCACCGAUGCACUUGAUUUGCAUCGUUCAUUGUCAGGAAAAGGAACUGAUGAUCUUCCUUUAAAGGAUGCGUAA